GGUCUGUACACCGCAGAAGAUCCCCGCGACCAAGAAUCAUAACCGGCUCCACUUCCGAGCUUCAGCUCCUCCUCACAGAGUCACAGUUCACCACAGUCCCGCUCCCCCCCACUUCGCCACUUUCCCCACUCCUCCCUUCGCCGAUUCCUCUUCAAACCCUAGCUAGCAAGUAAGCUCGAUGGCCUGGGCGGCGGCAGCGGCGGCGGCGGCGCUGGUGGUCGCGGCGGCUUUGCUGUCGCCGGCCUCCGUUGCGUCGGCGUCCAACUCCGAGGGCGACGCUCUGUACGCGCUGCGACGCGCGCUCGCGGACCCACGGGGCGUGCUGCAGAGCUGGGACCCCACACUGGUCAACCCCUGCACCUGGUUCCACGUCACUUGCAACCGCGACAACCGCGUCACCCGCGUGGAUUUGGGUAACUCAAAUUUGUCAGGCCGUCUUGUUCCUGAACUGGGGCACCUUGAGCACCUGCAAUAUCUAGAACUCUACAAAAAUAAUGUUCAGGGCGCUAUCCCAGCUGAGCUUGGGAAUCUGAAGAGCCUUAUCAGCUUGGACCUGUAUAACAACAACAUCACAGGGACCAUACCGAAAGAACUUGGCAAGCUGAAAUCCUUAGUAUUCCUGCGACUUAAUGACAACCGUUUGAGUGGUCCAAUUCCAAGGGAACUGACAAAAAUCUCUAGCCUCAAAGUGAUAGAUGCCUCAAACAAUGAUCUUUGUGGCACAAUCCCAACUAGUGGGCCUUUUGAGCACAUACCCUUGAGCAACUUCGACAAUAAUCCAAGAUUGGAAGGCCCGGAGUUGCAAGGGCUCGCAAUGUAUGACACGAACUGCUGAAAGUGCCAGGCUUCUCACGUCGCUUGCGCGAUAUAGAUGUCAGCGGAUUAACUUUGUUGGGGCACCUGGUGGAAAAGUAUGUCUGGUAGCCUGUAGCGUGCCUGCAAGUAGAACACAAGGUGGCAGCUCACGCAGUGUAGAUAGUAUUUGCGAAAUGUUUGUAGCGUUCGGUUAAGACCCUCUUGGACUGAUGGGCCACUGAACUGACAAUGUCACGUACUGUAUGGUUGCUCGAUGAACUGGAGCCGUUAAUAUUUAUUGCCAUUUUCCCUCA